AUGGAUCUACACCAUCUAUUUGCGCAAUGUGUGCUGCUCGCUGCAAUCACCUUGGUAAAUGCACAGCUGCCGUUCGAAGCCCCUGACACCGCUGUUUUAGCUCCUGUUGAUUUCCUUGGCUUUGGAUUUGAAACGGCGUUCAUGAACAACUUUGCCAACGAUUUUAGCUACAACAUGCUUAAUUCGGUUGCCACACGACUUAACACACCACUAACAAUUCGCAUUGGUGGGACUAGCGGCGACCGUGUUCUCUUCGACCCAAGCCAGGGAGAAACGACUGUCUGCAUCGCUGGUAAUUGUCCAACUGGUUCCUCGGCAACAUACAUAUUAGGGCCUACCUAUUUCGACGGGUUUAAGGGCUUUCAAGGCUUUAACAUCACUUUCCAGGCUCCACUAGGUCCUUUCCUCAAUAUAUCUAACACUCUUAUCUAUGCCACUCAAGCUUAUUGGAACAUCGGCGAAGCUCGUCUAGCUGCGGUCGCUAUUGGCAACGAGCCUGAUUUUUAUCCUAAACAAUACGGGAUCAGUUAUACCCUCGACCAGUAUGUCAACGAUGUGAAAACAGUCAUGAACUAUAUUUCGCAGACAUUAGGGUUCUAUACAACAGGCAAUCAUAUGUAUGAGGUACUUGAUCUUUCAGCAGGAAGCCCUUCUUCUUAUUUAAUCGACGCAUUCCAAGACGGCCUCAAUAGCUUUCAGAAUGUCAAAUUUGCCGCCCAACACUGGUAUCAGCUACCGAUUUACUGCACUACUCUAGAUCAACAGCAGUUUUAUCUUAUGAACCAUACUAUUACCGCUUCAUUGUUCGCUUCAUGCAAUUCGCAAAUCGACUAUUUGAAUGCAUACGAACCAGAUGUCGAGUUUGUACUAAGCGAAACUGGCUCUGGGGAAUGGAGCCCUAUCGAAAUCGAGGCCGGUUUUGGGGCGGCACUCUGGAGCAUUGACUUCCGGCUAUACAGUUUGACACAGGGCGUUGGUCGAGUCGAUGCUACUCAACGCCCUGCAGCACUGCACAGCUACUGGGUCCCAGACAACUCUGCCGGGGAUGCGAAUCCUGGUCCGCAAGUACGCGCCCCCUGGUAUGCCCUACCGUUUAUCGCAGACUUCUUGGGACAAAAUCCAGGCAAGGUAGCCGAAGUUGAUCUAGGAUCGGAUACGCUUACUGCGUACGCGAUUUAUGAUGCAAAUACCAAUGCUGUUUUUAAAGUCGCAUUGCUUAACCUUCGCGUCUGGGUUAUAGGUGAAAGCGUCAAUAGCCGAGGAUCAGAAAACAUUUCUUUCCCAGUCCCUGUCAACACCUUCUCCUAUACAGUGCAGCGCCUAGAGUCUGCAGCAGGAGCCCAGGCGAUGGGAUUUGACUACGCUGGACCCGAACAGAGUAUUACCUGGGCCGGUGAGGAAUGGAGCUACUCAAUUGAUCAAGGAAGAGGGCAUACAGUGGAAGGCGUAGUGGCAGUGGAAACAUAUACUGUCACUGAUGGGAUUGUGGAGGUUGAAAUUUUGGAUAGUGAGGCUAUUAUAAUUAAUCUCGAAGGACUGUAG